GGCAGCCACAUCCACAUUUCUCCCUCCUCUCUCUUCCUCAAGCUUUCAUUCAUCAGGAACCCUCGACAGAACCAUCAUGGACACCUUGACAUGCAUCUCCUCCGAAAGCAAAGCCUUCCUCCCCCUCGUGGUGGUCACGAUUCUGACCAUGGGCCACGGCGUCCAGCCGAUGCCCGUGCCAACAGACAUCCCCAUGUGCACCGCCUCGGAACCAGCCCAGUACAGCCUGACCUUUUCCGGCAAGUGGACACGGGCGGCAUUUCCCAAACAGUAUCCGGUCUACCGCCCUCCUGCGCAAUGGUCUAACCUUGUCGGUGUGACCCACAGUUCCGAUUACCACAUGUGGCAGCGUAAUGGCUUUGCCAGCAAUGGAGUGAGGGAGUUCACGGAGAAAGGCGAAGCUUGGACGCUCAUGAAGGAAGUGGAGCAGGCCGGGGAACAGAUUCAGAGCGUUUAUGGCAUCUUCUCUGCUCCUGCGGUCGUAGGAGGCACAGGCCAGAGCAACACUGUGGUUGAGGUCUUUGCCAGACACUCCUAUCUGUCGUUUAUCGUGCGCCUCGUUCCGAGUCCCGACUGGUUCGUGGGAGUGGACAGCGUAGAUCUGUGUGAAGGCGACCAAUGGAAAGACAACGUGUCCCUGGAGCUCUUUCCUUAUGACGCCGGGACCGACAGCGGCUUCACGUUCUCAUCUCCCAACUUCGAGACCAUGCCACAAGAUAAAAUCACUCAGAUAACUUCAUCAUUCCCCAGCCAUCCUGCCAACUCCUUCUACUACCCCCGCUUAAAGCACCUCCCACCCAUCGCCAAGGUAACGCUAACCAAGAUAAAGAAGACAAAUCAGAUCAUUAGCCUUCUGGUGGAGCCCACCCAGUCCAACCUCCUGCCGACGGGGAAUGAGAUUGAGGACAACCUCAUAAAAACACCGCUGGACUGCGAGGUCUCGGCAUGGUCCCCCUGGGGUCUGUGCAAGGGCAAGUGCGGAGACACGGGCAUGCAGCACCGCACACGUUACGUCCUCAUGCAACACGCCAACAACGGCGCACCCUGCCCCCUGUUGGAAGAAGAGCGGAAGUGCAUACCAGACAACUGCUUAUGACUAGGCCGAGAAACAAGGCAGGAGAAGAAGCGGAAGGACGGCAGAGGGAAAAAAGACCGGAGGGAGCGGCGAGGGAGGAAGAAACGUCGGAGGAGAUACAACGGCAAAAGGUCUGAGUCGUGAACUGAACAUUUUCCUCAGUGUAAAAAUUUGUCCUGUCUGAGAUCAAUGAAGAGGUGUAGUGUUGUAUCUUUACCAACAGACACCGAUUCAAUGUUGCAGGCAAUUAAAUUAGCUUUAGGAUGAAUAUAACAGAAGAAAAAGGAAUAUAUUUAUUAACAGGAUUUUACCCUGUCCUGUGCAAAUAUGAAUGUAGUCAUUUGUAGGCUGUUUUUUGUAUUUCUAGUUUCAUAUUGAAAUU